CAUAUACCGUCACCACAAGACAAAACAGAUAAUGAAAAGCCCAGACCAUGAUUAAACCCUUUCUCUCACUACCUCGUCAUUCCUAGUCCCUUCUCUCUCUCCAUCUCGUUCUUGUUUCACUUCCCUUGCUAUGCUGAGCAUCGAACAUCAUCGUCAGAGGCCUACCACAAGCAGCGGAUCAAUCGCCGACGACGAUGAGCAACACUUCAGAGACAUCCACGCUCUGACCCCGCCGCCCCUGCCCCCGCCGCCCCCUUCCUCCACCGGUGGCCGCAGGAGAGACGCGUGGGAGCGGUCGUCCUCUCUGUCCAUGGGCAGCGACGUGGCCUCGAGCGAGAACUUCACCACCAUGAGCAGAGAGUUCAACGCACUCGUCAUCGCCGGCUCUACGAUCAACACCGAGACCGAGCAGGGGUCGAGCAACAACGCGAACGGGAACAACCUGGCGAUGAUCGGAGAAGAAGACGACGGCAUCCCGGUGGAGGAGACGAACCCGCUCGCGAUCGUCCCGGACAACAAUCCCCUGGAGGAGUUCGGGCGGAGCAGCAGCUCUUCGAGGCGCGCGGGGCCGAGUGCGAGCGGCGGCCCGGGGGACCAGGUGACGGUGCAGAGUGUGAAGAAGGAGGAGGUGGAGGCGAAGAUAGGCGCGUGGCAGAACGCGAAGGUGGCCAAGAUAAACAACCGGUUCAAGCGGGAGGACGCCGUCAUCGGGGGCUGGGAGAGCGAGCACGUCCACAAGGCCUCUUCUUGGAUGAAGAAGGUCGAGAGGAAGCUGGAGGAGAAGAGGGCGAGAGCGCUGGAGAAGAUGCAGAACGACAUCGCGAAAGCCCGCCGGAAGGCGGAGGAGAGGCGGGCGAGCGCGGAGGCCAAGCGAGGGACCAAAGUCGCCAGGGUCCUCGAGAUCGCCAACCUGAUGAGGGCCGUCGGCCGAGCCCCGGUCAAGAGGUCCUUCUUCUGAUAUGUUGUAGAAACAUAUAUACCAAAAGUCAGAACAACAAAAGGCCAAAAAAAAAAUAGAGGGUGUUGAGUGUAAUUAUGUUUAAUUAUGGGCAUGGAAAAAUAAGUGCCCCUUCAAAUUUCAGGCCUCCUUCGACCUUUUUCAGAAACGGGGCAAUAUUGGAAGGUGAGCGUGUUCGACUUUGGACCGUUUUUUAAGCUUAGGAGCUGUGAAUUGAAUGGUUGUUUGCCAA